AUGAUGUCUGUACAAGUUUUUCUGAUUUGUCUUGUUCUGCAAACGAUUCCCACACUUUCUUCAUCGUCCAACUAUGCAUACCCUUCUGGGUAUGGUGAUGGGUCGGGUGAUUGUGUUGGUGUUGCUGAUACCGGUUCGAGGUCUUUGACGAGGCAAGUUCAUGAAAAUGAAGAAAUCUUUGAUAUUACCCAUAAGUUUACUCCUCAUACACCGGUGGGUGAUUCUACCGAGGGUAUUGGGCAGUUUCUUACACUGCUGAUGAGCAUGAAGAAUGGCUCGGACUACAAUUUCUCGGAGAUGAAAAUGCCUGUUCAUUCUGGAACACAUGUAGAUGCGCCUGGUCAUAUGUAUGACAAUUACUAUGAUGAUGGGUGUGAUGUGAAUAGUCUUGACCUCAGAGUUCUCAAUGGUCCUGCAUUACUUGUUGAUGUUCCAAGAGACAAAAAUAUUACAGCCGAAGUUAUGGAGUCCUUAAACAUUCCUAAGGGAGUAAAAAGAGUACUAUUCAGAACACUUAAUACAGACAGGGGACUCAUGUAUAGAAAGGCAUUUGACACAAGUUAUGUGGGCUUCAUGAAAGAUGGGGCACAGUGGCUCGUGGACAACACUGACAUCAAACUUGUGGGACUUGACUACUUGUCUGUUGCUGCUUUUGAUGAUUUAAUCCCUUCUCAUCUUGUUUUUCUUAAAAGCAAGGAAAUUAUCCUAGUUGAGGGACUCAAACUUGACGGUGUUCCCCUCGGAAUAUAUAACGUGCAUUGUCUGCCUUUGAGAUUGAUUGGUGCCGAGGGAUCCCCCAUCAGAUGCAUCCUAAUCAAUGGCACUCAUUAA